AUGACAUCUCAAACCGAACCAAAGAAGAUCAUAAUUGAUACCGACCCUGGAAUCGAUGAUGCUAUGGCUAUAUUCCUUGCUCUGCGGUCACCAGAGAUACAAGUUAUUGGACUUACAACUAUCUACGGAAACGUUUAUACUACUCUUGCAACCAGAAAUGCCUUGCAUCUCUUAGAAGUUGCUGGAAGAACUGAUAUACCAGUUGCUGAAGGAUCUCAUGUCACAUUAACUAAAGGGACGAAACUUCGCAUUGCAGAUUUUGUUCAUGGGGCAGAUGGACUUGGCAACCAAAAUUUUCCUCCCCCAAAUGGGAAACCCAUUGAAGAAUCAGCUGCUGAAUUUUUGGUUAACCAAGCGAAAGCUAACCCUGGAAAAGUCACCGUCGUGGCGUUGGGCCCUCUUACAAAUAUUGCUUUGGCUAUACAGAUGGACCCCGAAUUUGCUAAAAACAUCGGGCAGAUCGUUCUCCUUGGUGGAUCUUUUGCAGUAAAUGGAAAUGUGAAUCCAGCUGCUGAAGCAAAUAUAUUUGGUGAUCCAGAUGCUGCUGAUGUUGUAUUCACAAGUGGCGCAGAUAUAUUGGCAGUUGGAAUAAAUGUUACUCACCAAGUCGUAUUGUCAGGUUCUGAUCGAGAAAAGUUAGCAAGUUCAAAAGGAAAAUUUGCUCAAUACCUUACCGGAAUCUUAGAGGUGUAUUUCUCUUACCAUUGUGACGCAUACAACACCAAUGGAGUUUACCUUCAUGACCCUACAGCGUUGCUUGCAGCCGUUGAUCCUUCACUCGUAACUUGCACAGAAGGUGCUGUUAGAGUCCAAACCAGUGGCAUAACAAGGGGACUUACAAUUCUCUACAAUAAACAGAAAAGGUUUGAAGAAGUCACUAAAUGGUCCAAUAUGCCAACAGUAAAAGUAGCUGUGACAGUUGAUGCUCCUAGAGUUGUGAAAUUGGUCAUGGAUCGUCUUGUGGCUUGA